AUGACCACGGAGAGUUUUGCAGAGUUCCUGAAUAAGCUCAAGGAAAUCCAUGAGAAAGAGGUCCAAGGUCUGCAAAGCAAGCUGACGGAGCUGACGACAGAGAAGUGCCGCGAUGCUCAGAGAAUUGAAGAGUUGUUUGCUAAAAAUCACCAAUUAAGGGAACAGCAGAAGGUCCUUAAAGAAAACGUAAAGGUGUUAGAAAACAGGCUGCGAGCGGGUCUCUGCGACAGAUGCAUGGUCACCCAGGAACUGGCAAAAAAGAAGCAGAAUGAGUACGAGACCUCCCAUUUCCAGAGCCUGCAGCACAUCUUCAUCCUCACUAACGAGACGAACCGCCUGAGGGAAGAGAACAAAACUCUCAAGGAAGAACUGAAGAGACUCCGGAGCCUGGAGGACAGGACAAAGCACCCAGGAGUCACCUCCAGAGAAAGCACCUCCACCCCCAGCUCUCCCUUGGCUUUACUGUCCCCAGUGAGCAGGAACACUGGCAUGGAGAAAGCAGCUCACAGGGGAGCAGAAGCAGCCCACCAUGACGUGCCAGGCCUCGAGCUGGGAGAAGAAAAGCCUGCAGGACAGAGAAACUCUCCAAGCAGUAGGACUUCCCCAGGCACUGUCCUCCAAGAAGUCAGCCUCGCAGAAGUGGUGUCCCAGAGGAUCGCCAACCAGCUGCACGGAACCAUCGCCUUGGUGAGACCCGGCUCCAAACCCUGUCUCCUGGAAAAAAGUCCUUCGGGGGCAGCAGUGUCCCCAUCAGCAAGGAAGACCCCUCUCCCGCCGGAGCGUGAGCGGAGCCCCAGCCUUGAGGCUUAUUUAACAGCAAGCAAACCGGACUCCCCCAAGGUUGCUCCAUCCUAUGAAAAUCUAAAACUGACUGCCCAGAGAGAGCAGCUCUGCCUCCUCCACAAGCACCUUUCCCUGCACCAGUUGGGGCUGGCAAGCAACUGCGCUUUGGCCGACCGGGACGGCAGCAGCUUCUCCAGCCAUUUGCUCAGGGCCAAAGACGCCGACAGCAGGACACGGUCGCACGAUGGCUGGGAAGAUCGCACAGCCUUGCUGAAGCUCCCUGCCGCCAUGGUAUACGUGAGGGAUCAGCACCUGGAGGAGAAGUUACACCUCCUCAAGCACAGGGAGCGGCUGCAGUAUUUCCUCAUGCAGCAAUGCCAGUCAGGCGAGCGGGUAGAUGGAGACCCAAAGCCUGCGUCCGAGGAGCGGGCCCUCUCCCCGUGGCCAAGCGUCACGCCAGGAUGCAAGGAGGAAAGGUCCUUCCCGGAGGAUGCUGCUGAUGGGAAGGAAGAGAAAGAGCUUUGGCUGAGCCAGGACAGCUCUGAGCUCCGAGAAAAGGCGAAGGCAGCAAGGGACGAUGGUGCAGACGUGCCGCUGGAUCUAUCAGACUCUGGCCGUGGCAGGGAAACAAGCUGGCACAACCACCGGGAGCCACGGGGACACGGGGCAGAGCGGGACAACUUGCGUUUCCCCUACUGCUGGCCCAAUGCCACCCAGGUACUGCCUGGUGAUGUCGAGGAGGAGGAGGAAGAGGAUGCAGCUGUGGUGAGUACAGCUCGUGCACAUCCGACAAAAAACUCCGCGCCGAGCGACCCAGAGGCCCUUCCAGAGACGGGGGUGAGACUGGAUGUCAGCGCACAGAAGGGAGAAGCAGAUGACAAUGAUGCUGAGUCUGGGAAGCAGGAAUCUGAUGAGCCAGACACGACGGACAGCGAGGUGGCUGCCACAUAUGAAGAUGAUAUCCUACAAGAAGCCCAGGCUGAUGGGAAAUAUUUUUGCACCAAAGACAAGGCUCAUGCACUGCAGAAGAAGAGAAAAAGAGGACAGGACCCCUGGACAAAAGGAGCUAAGAAGUCAACGAGAGGGAGAAAGAAAGUCAAAGUGGAGCAGUGCUCGGCAGCGAUCACGACGGAACUGGAGAACUGCUCCGCUUCCCACAACGAUACCUCUGAGGAGAGCUAA